CCACCCUCCUCGCCGCUGCCACUCCUCUUCCCCGGUAUCCAACCCGCAUCCACUCUCUCCCUCCCUCAUUUUCAGCACCGGGCCAACCAGCACCCCCUUUGAUCCACCUCGCUCCGACCAUCUCCCUUGAUUUCCGCCGUCGCUCCUACGUGCAGCAGCCACCACUCGAGCUCCUCCGCUGCUUCUUUCCCAGGCGCCCGAAGCCUACCUCUCCUCCCCUCGACCCCCUUGGAUCGUGAAGCUGCCCGAGGCCCCGAGCAGGAGCACUCGGCCUCGUCCCCUCGCGUCGUCGCCGCCGGCAAUGACCUCCAGCAGGCUUGGCCUCCUCGCGCCAUCCUUCCUCCCGUUCUUCUUCUCUCUCCGCUCUAACCUCUCUCUCUCUCUCUCUCUUCCCCGUGUUACCUUGCAGGAGUACCACACCAUGACCACCGUCCCGUGCCGUUGGACCUCGCCUAGCCCUCGCGUGGCGCUGGAUCCAUCCAUCCCCGAUGCCUGCGCCUCCUUCCUGCUCGGAUCCGGCAAGUUACGGGCCAAGACGCCACCAUUCCCCUGCUGCCUUCCUCCCUGCAUCGUGCACCGCUGUGCCCGGCCUCGUCUUCUCCGGGUGGUGUACCGCAGCAGCCAACCAUGGAUGCCCGAGCCACCAUGUUUCCUCCCUGAGCUCCAAGUCCCCGCGCUGCUGACCCUGCCACUGCGUUGCCGUCGAGAACCUGUGAUGCCUCCUUCAGCUCCGCCCGCAUACCACCUCGCCGGAGAACGCCGUCACGCGAACGGAUCCGCUCGUCUCCGCCGCCUCCCCCAAGUUACGUCGUUGUUGCGCCUUUGUCGUCUCGCUUCGUGCGUUGCUGUCACCCGCAGUCCACCUCAAGGGCGCUGCAUCCAUCGCCUCGCCAUGUCUUCUGGAGCGAGAGGCUGACCGCGACCACCUCCAUGCGCCUGGGCCAUCUCCCCUUCGCCCGUUGACCGCGGCCCAGCUCCCAUCUCCACCGACCUGGGCCUGGGCCCAUGGUGAGCACCAGAUCCAGCGCCCACUUUGUGCACAAUUUGGCCAGCUAGUUUCGGCCCGAUGUGUUUUUUUCCUGCUCUGGACAAAUUUGUCUAUUACUCCUGGAAUUGCCAGUUUUACAGAGAAGUCCUUCUAGAUCAUGCAUUUAAUAUCUCA